AUGGACUAUGGUCAUCCACAGACAACUGAAUCAAAGAUUCUACAGGAGUACAUUACUCAGGAAUCUUAUAAGCUCGAAUCUCAAGCUAGACCUCCAAUGGCUGUCACAAACGCUGUCAGUUGGCGUAGUGAGGGUAUCCGUUAUCGCAAGAACGAAGUCUUCUUAGAUGUCGUCGAGUCUGUAAAUAUGCUCGUUAACGCUUCUGGUAACGUCAUUAGAAGUGAGAUUCUUGGUGCCGUCAAAAUGAAAUGCUUCCUCACUGGAAUGCCUGAGUUGAGGCUCGGUUUGAACGACAAAGUCAUGUUCGAAACUACUGGCAGGACAAACAGAGGGAAGAGUAUUGAAAUGGAGGAUGUCAAAUUUCAUCAGUGCGUGAGGUUGUCGAGGUUUGAAAAUGAUAGAACCAUCUCUUUCAUUCCACCCGACGGUGAAUUCGAGCUGAUGAGCUAUCGGUUGUCAACUUCAGUAAAACCCCUUGUCUGGGCUGAAGCAAGUAUCGAAUAUCAUUCAGGCUCACGUGUCGAAUACACUGUCAAAGUAAAAGCAAACUUCAAAAAGAGAUCAUCUGCAAACAACGUUGAAAUACUUAUUCCAGUUCCAGAUGACGCUGAUACCCCUAAAUUUAGAAGUGCGACUGGAUCAGUCAGCUAUGCGCCUGAUCAGAGUUGUUUCAUCUGGAAAAUAAAGCAGCUGGCUGGUGGAAAAGAGUUCUUGCUUCGAGCCGAGUUUGGGCUGCCUAGUGUGAAAGGAGAUGAUAUACAAUCCAAACGUCCAAUCUUGGUUAAAUUCGAAAUUCCAUAUUUCACUGUCUCUGGCAUACAAGUGCGCUAUUUGAAGAUUGUUGAAAAGAGCGGCUACCAAGCUCUGCCUUGGGUUAGAUACCUCACCAACGAUGGCGACUACGCGCUGCGCACCAACGUAGACCGAACUAACAAUGAGAUAUCGCAAGAGAUAAGCCUGGCAGAUGCAGCCGCCAAUGCUGAGUUCGCAGAGAAGAAACGCGUGUGGGUGCCAGAUCACAAGGAGGGCUAUCUCUCUGGCUGGGUAGCCAAGGAGAAUGGCGAAGAGUGGGACGUCGUAUGCAACAGCGAGACGAGAACGAUGCGGAGUGACUUGCUAUCACCGCAGAAUCCGCCACGAUUUGAUAAAGUCAGCGAUAUCGCCGAACUUACAUUUCUUAAUGAAGCAUCCGUAGUACACAACCUCAGAUCGAGAUAUGGCUCUGAUUUGAUUUACACCUACUCUGGCCUCUUCCUCGUGGCGGUAAACCCUUAUCGUGACCUGCCCAUAUACACAGACGCGCACGUACAAGCCUAUCGCAAUAAACGGAGAGAAGAUAAUGCGCCGCAUAUCUUUGCUGUGACUGACAGAGCUUGGAAUGAUAUGAUGGCUGAGCGCGAAAAUCAAUCUGUUCUGAUUACUGGUGAAUCAGGUGCUGGUAAAACUGAGAACACAAAAAAAGUAAUUCAAUACCUCGCUUCAAUAGCUAGCAACUCAGCAGGACGCGUCGACUCUUUGUCACGAUCUACACAGCCUCGUACACCGUCUAGAACACCAACCGCAUUCUCAACUCCAGUUUCUGUACCAAAUUCACCUUCCUUGGGCCAGUCUAUAACGCCAUCAUCCUCAAUGACAAGUCUAGGCACAUUGGAAAGACAGAUCCUACAAGCCAACCCGAUUCUUGAAUCUUUUGGUAAUGCACAAACUGUCAGAAACAAUAACUCGUCAAGAUUCGGUAAAUUUGUGCGCAUUGAGUUCAGCACUAAAGGUCAAAUAGCCGGUGCACACAUAGAUUGGUAUUUGCUUGAAAAGUCCAGAGUUAGCUCAAGAUCUAAUCAGGAAAGAUCGUUCCAUGUCUUUUACCAUUUCCUCAACGGUGCCGAUCAAGAUUUGCUCGAUGCCUUGCAGAUCCCUUCAGCCGACAUCAAUCACUACAAUUACCUCUCCAAAACGCGCAAGCAGGUGGAUGGUAUAGAUGACGAGAAAGAAUGGGACAUGCUCAUUGGUGCACUGGAUGUACUUGGGUUCGACAAGGAGGAGCAGCUGAAUCUGUUCAGAGUCGUUGGUGCGAUCCUCCACCUCGGCAACAUUGACAUCAAAGGAGACAGAUCGGGCCAGGCACGUAUUGAAGACAAGGAUGCGCUUGAGCGACUCUCCCUUGUUUUAGGAUUGUCAUCCUCUAAGGAGCUCGAGCAAUCCAUUAUCAACCCCCGCGUGAUGGCGGGCAAGGAAACAGUGAUCCAAUCACGCUCUGAAAGUCAAGCUAAAGCGGAAGUUGCAUCACUCGCUAAAACAAUUUACGAAAAGAAUUUCUCCAAGCUGAUUGAGAAAGUUAACACAGUCCUCGACCGCGCUACAGAAAGCAACACAUUUAUUGGUGUGCUUGAUAUAGCAGGAUUUGAGAUAUUCAAGAAAAACUCGUUCGAGCAGCUAUGUAUCAACUACACUAAUGAGUGUCUGCAACAAUACUUCAAUCAUCACAUGUUUGUGCUCGAGCAGGAAGAGUAUCAGAGAGAGGGCAUCGAAUGGAACUUUGUCAAUUUUGGAUUGGAUCUUCAGCCCACUAUCAAUCUCAUUGAGAGUGUUUCUCCAAUUGGUAUUCUUAGCUGCUUGGAUGAGGAGUGUAUUAUGCCAAAAGCUAACGAUCAGACAUUCACUCAAAAACUUACAUCGCUAUGCAUGAAUAGAGAUGACGGCAGCAAACUGAAAUUCAGCAAGUCUAAAUUCGGAGACGAAGGGUUCAUAGUGCAGCAUUAUGCGGGUAAAGUUGAAUACGAUACUGAAGCAUGGUUGGAGAAGAACAAAGAUCCAAUUAAUGACCAUCUCACCAAAGUUCUAUCGAAUAGCUCAGAUGCAUAUAUCGCAGACCUUUUCUCAGAGUACACACCGGAUGACAGAAAAGCAAGCAGAGGAGGAAAAGGUGGAGCUUUCAGAACUGUCGCACAAAGACAUAAAGAGCAGCUAAAUGCGUUGAUGAGGCAACUCAACUCUACGGAACCACAUUUCGUCAGAUGUAUUCUACCCAACUCAAUAAAGAAGCCGGGAAGAAUUGAGGUAAAUCUUGUACUCGAUCAGCUGCGCUGCAAUGGUGUACUGGAGGGUAUCAGAAUUGCUAGACUGGGUUAUCCAAACAGACUGCCGUUCUCAGAGUUCAGAUCCAGGUAUGGUGUCCUCACUCCAAAUGUUCUCUCAGUACACUAUAUGGAUGCUAGGAAAGUGUGCCAGCGCAUGCUCGAGAGUUUGGAGCUGGACUCAGAGCUAUACAGAAUCGGUAAUAGCAAGAUCUUCUUCAAGUCAGGUGUGCUCGCCGAAAUGGAAGAGAGAAGGGACAACAUUCUCUACGACUUGUUCACGUCCAUUCAAGCAUCUUCUAGAGGAUUCAUUACGAGGAGGAUUAUACACAAGCUGAGAAAUAAGGCCAACGCUGCUCUAAUUAUCAAUAGGAACGCUGAGUUAUCUAACAACCUAUCGCAAUGGGCAUGGUGGAGAGUUUUUAAUAAGGUCAGACCACUCCUAACUGCUACGAGAUCCGAAGAGGAGAUCAGGAAGCGGGAAGAUCAAUUACAAUCCAUGCAGAGGAGGCUUGAAUUUAUAGUAAAAGACCAGCAAGCGAAUAACUCUGAACAGAGGCGCAUACAAAAGCUGCUUAUGAGUACACAAACAGCCUUAGAAACCGAACGGGAUCAAUCACUGCAAAACUCGCACCUCAUAGAAAGAUUCCAGACGCGCGAAGUUGAGAUGAGCGAAGAGAUAGACAACCACCGUGCUUUCAUCAAAGAUCUAGAAAACCAACUCGAAAAGGCAUUGAAUGGAAUGAAAGAGGCGGAAUCUCGACACCAGGAUCUAAGAAGCGACUUUGAUAUUGCCAGUACCGAAAUCUUGCGCUUGGAAAGUACAGUGGCUGACAAUAGUAAAAUGAAGGAACUAGCCAAUGAUUAUGAGCACAGACUUGCAGUAACAUCCUCUGAGCGCGACAAAUUUGGACGGGAGUUGCAGGCACUUCGCAGUAAGCUCACCGAAACACUCCAUCAGCUGCAGGAAUUCGAGGAGAAGAGUACAAGAUUUGACGAUAUCUCCUUGAGAUGCCAGGAGGUGGAAAGCGAGUUGGCUGAUGUUGUGCUGCAAUUUAAGCAUUCUAAGAGUACAAGAGACGACGAAUUGGAGGAAAUGCGCGAGCAACUAACUCAAUCUAUAGAAGAUGCUGAAACCUCAAGGAGUGAAAUUGAAUCACUCAAGAAGAGAGCGCUCGAUGCAGAGUCUUACGAAGACAACUACAAAAGAUUGAAACAGGACUACGAUGAAGAGGUUCAGAGAGCAGUCGAAGCAGAAACUUACAAAGUCAACUACGAAAGACUGCAACAAGACUACGAUGAAGUGGUGAAGAGAGCACUCCACGCAGAAGCCUAUAAAGACAGCUAUGAAAGAUUGAAGCAAGACUACGAUGAAGAGGUUCAGAGAGCAGUCGAAGCAGAAACUUACAAAGUCAACUACGAAAGACUGCAACAAGACUACGACGAAGUCGUGGAGAGGGCACUCCACGCAGAAGCCCACAAAGACAACUACGAGAGAUUGAAGCAGGACUACGAUGAGGAGGUGUUGCAGCAUGAUGCUCUGCGUCAGGGUACUGUCGAGAAAAAUAAUGACAUCAAGUUGCUACAAUCGCAAUUACAGCAAAGUGAGAACAAGAGUGAGAGGAUCAAGAGUGAAUUUGAGUCUUUUAGAAGACUGCAAUCUGAGUAUGAUUCGACUUUGCGACAACUGCAUCAAAGUGAAGAAAAGAAUCAAAGAAUCAUGAACGAGUUUGAAUCCAUCUUAGCCGUGCAAACUGAAUUCGAAUCAACCUUGCGGCAAUCACAACAGGACAACGACCAACUGCAAAGAGCGUUGCAACUUUCUCAUAAGAAACAAAAUGACUAUGAAGACGCCUGUCUUGACCUCGAGAAGGAGCGCGACGAAUUGAGAAUAGAGCGCGACAACAUAAGACAAUCCAAUGAAGUGCUAACGUAUGAUAUUAAAUCAGUCGAAGAUCGUCGCAGCCAAGAAUCCAAAUCACGUAAAGUCGAUAUGAACAAUCUCAAAGAAGUGAUCAGUGAUCUAGAGACAAAACUGAGUGUGAUGAAGGACGACCUUCUAGCGUCGCAGCAAGAGGUAGAUUUGUUAAGCAGAUCACGUAGUGACAAGACAGUGAUUGAGCAUGUACACGUCCUUGAAGAGGCGAAGCGCGUAACAGACCGACAGCUCAGAGAAUCACGUAUGGAGAUCACGAACAUGUCAACCCAGAUGAAGUCAGCUGAAAAGAUCAAGUCUCGUCUAACUCCGGAACAGCUCACUGAGCUGGAAAUUCGACUGCGGACUCCUACAGAUAAGCGUCUCCUCGAACUUGAGCAAAUAAUCAAAAUAAAGGAGAAGGAUUGCGAGAAUGUCUACAAGAAACUGGAAGAGGCGAGAAAUGUGAUUGAAGUGGAGAAGAGGCGUUAUCAGCGUGAUCUCAAGAUGCAAGAGGAGGAUAAUCGCCGAUUGGAAGAAGAUAUAGAAGUGCUAAGGGCGCGGAGUAGGACUAUGUCUAGCGGUUUAGAUAGGGAUUCAGCGUUAAGAGCGUCUAACCGGAGUCUGCAUGGUAAUCACCAUUCACAAUCUAUAUCUUCUAUGCCACCACCGCCUACACCGCCAAUCUCGUAUACACCAUACUCAUCUAAACCUACACCUGAACUAGGCAAGCGCUACUCAUUUGAAUCAGCAAGGGCUUCCUUCAACAAAAUGUAA